UGUGUGAUUUUGCUCCCCUCCGGCCCCAUCGCCCUGCAGGAGGAACUGAACAGUGACAGUGUGGAACGUAUCGUUGUCAAUCCCAACGCCUCUUACGACAAGUUUAAGGACAAGCGGGUCAGCACCAAGGAUAUCGAUUUCUCUGACCGGAUCAGCAGGGCUAGGAGAACGGGUUACGAAUCUGGCGAUUACGAGAUUCUGGCAGAAGGAUGUGGCACCAAGGAGACCCCACAGCAGAAAUACCAGCGCCUGCUGCACGAACUGACAGAGCUGUCGGAGGAGGUCGAGCAGAUCAAGAUUUCUGCGAAGGACUCAGCGGCAGAGGAGAAACUGACCCCCGUCACCUUGGCCAAUCAAGUGGCUGGCCUGAAGAAGCACCUGAUGGCCUUGCAACUGGAGCAGGUUCUUGGACCUGAUGCCACCAUCGACCUGACCGACCCCCAGGGAGCUCUGGCCAAGCGCCUGCUGACCCAACUGGAUGUCACCCGGAGCGGGAAGGAGGGAGGCUCACCGGCCGGAAAAGAGAGCGGCCAGGUUGGGAACACCAACGCAGUGACUUACGAGCUUUAUUAUCGACCAGAGCAGACCCGGUUCACUCAGGCUGCCAAGGUGAGGCUGGUCUGA